AUGCACCAUUCCGCGGCAUCUCGCAGCACAACCUCAGCAGCAGAGACACGGCCGCGAUUCUUUGCCACACCAGCACCGUCUCGUCGCAGCGAAGGGCAGCACAGCACGCACACGAGGCCGCCAGCACACACCAACCGGCUCGCGUGCCGCAGAUCCUCAGCCCCAUGCGGCAACGCGACAUCUGCCGCGUCGGCAGCGCAGUGCCACGGCUGGGCCUGCAGUGCUCUUCUGUGGAUGGGCGCCGGCCUGACGACAUGUUUCUCGACUGGUCGCUCCACGUGUGUGCGACGUCCCCGCAACGAGACACGUUGCUUGCGGCUGCGAGACAUCGCCCAGCACUCCCGCGGCCAGGAGCUCCUUGCGUCCCCCGGGCUCAGGCGCCAGUCGCCAUCUGGCAAGAAGCCUCGCGAAAUCUCCGACUCGGCGCCAGUGCACGCCCCCACGUUUCGCCCUCGUGUCGCUGUCCUGGUUGUCCCUGGGAAGCAUCGGCAAGGGGCUGUGGCUGGGAAACACCCUCUAGGCCUAGCGAGCAGCGCGGCCGGCAGUGCCCCCGGCAGCAUCUUGUUGGCCGGCAGUUGGGCCGAUCGCGAGUGUUGGCGGGACCGAGUCUGUCUCCAUCGUCGUUGCGGUAACGAAGCGAGGGCGUUGGUGAAGGCAUGA